UUUGUCAUCCGGUGCAGAAAGGAAGGCUUCUCCUCUCCUUCUCUCCUCUCCUUCUCUCCUUCUCUCCUCGGAGAUGCGCAGCGCUCCGACACGGCGGAGGACGCGAAGCCGCUGCUGAAUUACAACUGGGAUACGGAGCAACCAUGGACGACGUCCCCCCUCCCGCCCCACCGUGCCCACCCCCGCCUCGUAUAACGCGAAAGUAGCGGACGUUUAAUUCAUUGAAGCGCUCUCCCCGGGGGAAGGGAUUUGGUCCCGUGGUCACGCGCAGGGAUGAUUUUUCUCGGCUUGCUUUUGCUACAGAGGACCAUGGAGACCUCCGAAGACAUCGGUCAUGCUCUCUGGUGAGGACCAGAGGCGCGAGUUGUAAAGUUCCCAGAACCACAACACAUGGAGGUCAAAGGACAUGUGAUCACCUCCAUGGGUUUGGGGGCUCCUGAUGUUGGCGGCUGCCAGGACGGCAAGCCGCAGGCUGAGAGGGUUGCAGCUCUGCAGGAGAGGAAGCAGGUCCUGGAGGCUCUCCUCAACUCCAGGGUGGGAGAGCUCAAGCAAGUCUGUUUGCAGGAAGCAGAGCUGACUGGGAAGUUGCCACAUGCUUUCCCCCUGGAGACGGGAGAGAAACCCCCACCGGUGCAGCGCAGAGCUGGCCUGCCGCCCAACACCAAGGCGGAGGAUGAGGCGGCCCAAAGAAAGCAGAUGAAGGCCAUCUUCACCGGGGCUCUGUACCGACAUUCGGAAUCUGACCGAAACAUCCCAAAUAGCAAGAGGACCGUUCACCGGGGGUGUCACACGGAGGACACCAUCAUGUCAGAGAGUACGAGCUCCAUGUCCGAUUCAACAUCCCAUGACAACGAGUCGUCUCCCAGUGUGGCGGCUGACCAGCGCUCUUUGUCUCAUCCGCGGCUCACGGUGGGCAGCCCUGACCACAGGGUCAGCAGGAAGCUGUCACCGGUCGACAUCUACUACGAGAUGAGGACACGCCGCAACUCUGUCACCAGCUCUGUCAGCCCGGCUCACUCCUUACCUAGAAGUGCAUCCAACGUUGAAGGCAGAAGUGUUCCAGCUACUCCUCUGCUGGCCCGAACCGCGCCAAUCAGCGUCCACGUCAGGCCGGAAGCGUCGGGUGGUGGUGGGUUAAAGCAGUGGUCGGGCAGCCUGGAUGUGCCCUAUAUGAUUCCGCUGGCCCAGGAGGGGACUUCCUCUGACCGCCGAGGCUGCCCGUACAGCUCCCGGGCCAGGCGCAGCAACAGCUCCGAGGCCCUGCUGGAUAGAUCGAGCCUCCCCGACGACCCGGCUCCCAGAAACGGGAUGCCCCCCAGAGGAGGGCCGUACAAGAGCUCGGAGACGUUGACUGAUGGCAAGCUGCGACACAUUCAUCUGGGCAGUCCCGAAAGACAUGCUGACGGCUCCGUGGACCAGGCCAAAAUGCGUCUGUCCAUGGGCGACCGAGGGGCCGGCGGAGGCUACAAUGAGGUGUUGAUGGACUACAUCUGGGGCAAACAGCAGAGGAUGCAAGUGCAGCAGCACCUGUACCAAUCCGCAGGCAGGGUCUGGCACGACAUGUCCUCUCCUCGCUCCUCCACCGCGGUGGUGCCCCCCCAUGCCAACGGCUUCUCCCAUUCCCAGGUGAACCUCCCCAGCGCCGCACCUCCUUAUAGCCCCAUGGUCCUCCGAGGGUCCCAAGCGGAGCUGCGCAGGGUCAAAGUCACCCGAACCAAAUCGUGUGGACCCUUUAUUCCGCUGCAGCAACAUCCCCAGGAUGCCAUCCUGCUGUCAGCAUACGACUCUCCCCUCCCUGCUUCUGGCACCACCACCACCUCCUCCAUCCCCAACCUGCAUCCCUACCAGACUGAGCUGUCUGGCCCCUCCUUCAGCCGCAGACCCCCACCGUUCUCUCUCCCGACCCCAGAAGACUCGACGCGCAGUUUGCAUAAAGCCUUGGCUCUGGAGGGAUUGAGGGACUGGUACCUGAGGAACGCCCUCGGCUAUCCUUCUGCCUCCCCGAAGGGCCACGAGGCGGGGAUCUCGCGCCUCUCACACCCCCACCCGCUGGUGCACCAGGCGCAGUCAGUUCAAGGGGAACCGGCCAACCUCCAAAAGUCUCAGAUGCCCCAGUCAGCCAGCUUCCACGGUCACCCGCUGCAUGGAAGGUCAAUGGAGUUCUCUCUCUAUCAGGACACUCCUCCUCACCCAGAGAUGCAAGAUGUGACCCCAAAGGAACCCAGUGCAGACCCAGGCACCCUAGUCUGAAGCAGCACACACACACACACACACACACACACACACACACACACACACACACACACACACACACACACACACACACACACACACACACACUCUACAUGACUUGAGCAGAAGCAGUGUAGCCUCACAGACACACACAUUCACUCACACUCACAUAGUCACACACAGCACACAGACGAGUUGUAUAAUGUGACCUCAACAGCAAAGCAAAACACAGCAACCUCAGCAGAAAGAGACUGGAAACAAGACAAACUGUAGCUGUACAACAGAGUAUGAAGUGAGCCAGCGGCCUCAUGUGGAGGCCCACUGGAGUCGACUCAUCUGAUAACGAUAUGUUCAUGCUGUACUCAAUGUAUCAAUAUUUCUGGUUGAACCCAAGCAGUAAAUUCCUUCCUGAUAAUCCUGAAAAGUCUCCCAAGAUAUACUUUUUUACAGAAUAUAUACAACUCUAAAUUACUAUUUUGUAUCUUCUGAGAUAUAAAGAACAACUAUAUUAAUUUAUUGAUCUUGUGAUACAGAAGUGAGCUCACAUCAUUUGAAAAGUAUUAAAACGUGCCAGUGAAUGUGUGUUCGUAAAGUUAAAACAUAAGUCAGCCUUCAUUUGCCGUUAAUUUCUCAGCCAUUUGUAAUUUUCCUGCUUGAUAAACGAGAGGGGACUGUAGUGUGUGUGUGUGUGUGUGUGUGUGUGUGUGUGUGUGUGUGUGUGUUGUGUGUGAGCAGACAGGAGUGCCUACAUGUUUUAAUGACAAAACUAAAUGUUGGUUAGAAACCUUUAAAGUGCUUUCUAAUAAUCUGAAAUACUAGCAUUAAUCCUUUGUGAGCUUAGUCUAAUCAAAAAUCUGAAAACAGUUCACAAAUGUUACGAAAUGAUGUUAUUUGGAAUGAUGUCAUGUAUUGUAAUUUUUCUAGAUUCAGCUUAGUGCUGGCCAGUAAAUGUAGCUUUCUCUGUGCUGACCUUGAGAGAAGAAUUCGACCAAACCUGAAACCUACUGUGAGGCAGUAGCCAUGACUGUAUGACAAUAAGUUACUCACAUAAAAGCAUUUAGUUGUAGAGGAUUGAGUGUCGUAUGGAGCACUUUAUGAACAGCUUAAGCCUUAAUUCCCUUUGAAAUGAUCACGGGCAGUAGACGGGGUUCAUCAUUUGGGGAAAGAAACAAGGGAGUAAGUUUUGUCAACAUUACUACUGAAGGGCCAUCUGGGAGUGAGUCUGUAUAUAGUGGGAUGUACUGAUGAGUUUUAUUCCUGUACUAACAAUGCCAUUUUUAAACUAGUAUUUAAUCAAAAUAACCUCCCCACUAUUUCCACUACCCAAGCGAGCACUAUUUAGUUGGUUGUAAAGUGAAUGACGGUGUGAGCAGGUCUCAGACCAGUAAAUUUGUUAAUGAGGCUGAUUUUUGUAUUUGUAAUGAUUUCAAGGCAUUUCAUGUGCUUGGUUUUGCUGUUGUCUCAGAAAAGAAAGAAAAAAUGUUUUGUUUUUUUUUCAAAGUAGCUAACUGUCAUAAUGUAUCAUAAGAAAUCAGUCUUAAUAGUAUCGUAAAAAUCAGAAUAAUACAUGAAAUCCUUAAGGAAGCUGACAAUAAAUGUUUUUGUGUAGAUAGAACAUUUUAAAGUUUUGUUCCCCCAUUUAUUUGACUGUGGCCAUCAUCUUCAGACUCAUUUGAAUGUAACUCUUUACGUUUGUGGAAUGUUCUGUGGUUCCUCGCGCUGUCCGAUGUGUUCACAUCCUGUCAGUAUCCAGCUUCAGAGAGCUUCGUCCUGCUGGUUAAACUCAAAUCAAAGACCAAACUGCUGUGCACUGGGGGUCCUAUGUAUUUUUCAUAUAAUAUAACUCUGUAAGUUGAAAAGGUUUGGUAGGAAUUUAGCUCUAAAGCUUGUUCAUUCCAACUAUAUUAUAUUUAUUAACAUAUAACAUUUUGUAGCUAUCUACUCUAGCUCUUUCUCAGUGCGGGAAUUGGUAAUGUGUGUUAAAACAACUUCAUUUAGCAGCUGAUGAUGUGUUAAUAUUUGAUUCUUCUUUUUUAUAUUUAAAUGCAGCUGUUUUCUUUUUUGCUCCUCUCUUCAUACCCAGGUCUAUAAAACUGAGUAGGCCCUAUGCUGUAUGUAUGAGGCUGUGCAUUCACUCUAAAAUAAAGUGUCAUGUUGAAAUGAA